AUGCCAGAGUUUGUGUCUGUUGAACUGUUUAAGGUCAAAAAAUACUCUAAAACAAGGAAAUUUCUUGAAUUUUUUAAACUGACAGCUAAACCUAAGGUCAUGCAAAGCUUGAAAAGGUCAUGGAAAAAGUCCUGGAAAGUCGUGGAAAUUGAAGAGCUCAAAAGAGUACGAACCCUGGAAAUUGAAACCUUAAACCUGAAAAUGUUUUCUGCAAGAGAAAAAGUCACUUUCUCCUCCCUGGAACUUUGCUAGAGUCUGUAGUAAUGUUGUUUAAUGCAUAAUGCGGUUUGUUUUACCUUUAGUUUCAGCAAAAAAAGACUGCAGAACCUGAAAGUGACUCUGACUGGGACAGUCUCCCAGGGGACAUCCAAGAACCUACAUCAAGCCCUGAAGCCACUCCUAGACACCAGCCAGCCCCUCCUCCAGGGUCCCCUAAAGUUCAGGUACCUCACAAGAGACCACAAGUUAAGACACCGGUGGCAGUAACAGCAGCAGAGAGAAAAUCUGCAACAAAUUCUCCAGUGAGUCCAGCUAGGGGUAAACCAGGGACUCCUUCUUCUCAAAUGCCCAGUCAAAUGUAUGGCAAACCAGGGAUUACUACCUUUGUUGAUAGAAGUAGUGGUAUUAAUACAACUUCAUUCAGCGAUCAGGGCUUGGAGAGCCGACAAAACAAAGAGCUUAAACCUGAUGUAAAUGAAAAUAAAGUUAAACAGAGCAGUCAACGAAGAGGAGAUGAUGGGAUCAAAAUUGAAAUGAAUGAAGUAGAUCAUCAUCAACACAAUCCACCUUUCACUGAUUUUCAAGGUAGGCUCAAACUUGUCAAUAAAUCACCGUGCUUGCAUGUAACCUUUUUAACCGCUACAUUUAGCAAGGAAGUUACACGUGAAAAACUUUAGAGUGAAAGGUUGUACAUUUGUUUGACACCAUGGGAGAGUGCUCAGAGUUCUUUGUUUGUUAUUUUUUUUACUAAUUUGCAUAUCCAUGAUCAUCGCAUUGUAUGGCCUUAUCGCCAUGCAUCUGUAUUCCUUAGCAGUUAGAACCUCCAUUCAGUUUUACAGUGUAUAAUAAUGGAAAAUCAUAGGCUCGGCUCUUGUUCAGGGGAUGCUCAGAAUUUUUUCCUGACAUACAUGUACAGCUGUAAGACCAUUACUCUAUUAUCCCCAGACCUGUCAGGGUGCAAAGAAAGUCAGCUCUUUCCGGCAAGCUGUAGCUAGCACGUACUAGCCUAAAAGUCAUUUCAACUAACCCGAAAAAAAUUUUGAUGAGCAUUGGUUACAGUUCUUCUGUAAUUUGAAUUCCCCCCAAAAAAACUUCAUUUGCCCGUCGGGCAAGUUAAGAAUAGCAAUCACUAGCCCGAUAUAUAGCAAAAUCCACUAGCCCCGGGCUAUCGGACACUACUUUCUUUGCACGCUGACCGGUACUUUUCUCUCCAUUUGUUUCAAAAUUGGAUUUCAAACAUAUCUUGAAAUAUGUUGAUGACUUAAAAAUUGUUUAUCUUUUAUCUACUUGUAUUUGAUUCCUUGUGUUCAGGUUCUAACCUUUAAAAGUUGCAACAGUGAACAGCAAUGAUCAAUUCCUAACAAUAUCAACAGAUAAUCAAGAGGAAAGGUUAUGAGUACUGAUGAAUUCUGGGGAAUUUGCAUAAUAUCCAAUGUAAAAUGAACCGUACUCUUCUUUUUACUUUGCAUUUUUUUUCUCCUAACAGCCGCUCUUGCCAGCCAAGACUCAUUAAACCUCAUCAAUAUGCAGACCGAAAAACCCAAGAAGGAAAAAGUUAAGUCAUCUUAUGUAACCCAGAAAGAAGCACAUAAUGAAGGCCACUCUUGGGAUUCUGAAAGCGAUGGAGAACAGGAGGCUAUUACUCACAGCAGACAGCACUUAACACCUCGUGAAAAGAAUUCCAAAACACUAAAGAAGGAUCUUGAACCAAAUAAUCUGGCAAAUGAAGUAAUCCCUAACAGCCAUGACCUGCAAGAAGAUGGUUUAAAAACUUGCUGUGUGCCUUUGAAUCCUGGAACACAUGUCACUGGGUAAGUAUUAUGUGUAGAAUGUUGUGCUUCGAAGUUUUCUUUGCUUUUAAGAAGGUAAAGAAAAAUAAAACAAGAACUUGUUUGUAAAAGCACAACAAGCUUAGACCAUUACUCUUUAUGUCAAGUGGUCGCUUGCCAACCUACAUGUACCUACUCUGCCUCUUUACACUCCAUUAGGCAUAAGGCUUCCAAACUUCUCCACCAACCUGCCUAGAUCCUUUGCAGAAGCUCUUGCCUGAUCCCACGACCCGCAUCCCACCUAUGCCCUGUGCUGUCCUUUUCUACUGUCCUGCACCAAGUUGUCCCAGGUUACCCAACUUUUCUCUUUCUAUCCGUUGUCCAAAACAGUUCUGUAACACAGUCAAGUGGUUGCUUACAGGAGGUUAAAAACAAUACGAAUUGCAAAAAGUGUUACCCCAAACAUGGUAUUUACGCAUGAAUACGUUAUUCUAUAGGUUUUCAUAUCAUUUUGAUCAUGGUCACAAUCACCAUUUGGAUGUGAGCCCAGAGUGGAAAGAAGCAUACAUGAAGAGAAUUGCAGACAGGUAAGACAAUAAACACUUAAUGACUGGUACAUAAUUUAUUGCAAUAGUAAUGUUAAUUCUAUUUGUAGAGAAUCUCAAAAUAAUAUGGAAAGUAUUUCAUUACUAGCCGCUGUUCGGGAAAUGAGCCUGCACUUCUCCCCGGAGUAGGGUAAGGAGGACAUUGGGUACUGGUCAUUGUUUAUCACCUGGAGGGGGAAUCAGUUGUAACUGAGAACCCAAAAGGGGGGAUUGCUGAAAACUUUGGAAGGAUUCAGAGGGGGGACCACUCAAAUUUGCUUGGAAAAUGAAGACAUGGGGGAAGGGGAUCGCGAAAGUCAUCAAAAGUUAUUAGAGGGGAUCACUUUAGUAAAGUAACAUUCAAAGGGGGGAUCGGCUAAAUUUCGCCUUGUUUAGCCCCAAAUCCUCCCCCCCCCCCCCCCCCCCCCCCACCAAACAACCCCCCCCCCACCGGGGCCCCGGCGGGGGGGGGGGCACGGCCAACAAAACCCCCCCACACCGGGGCCCCCGGGGCGCCUCGCCGCCCGGCGUUCCUGGUAGGCUGGGGCGUCUGUGGACGUUUUGCCAUUAUGCAUAAAAAAAAAAAAAAAAACCACUGUGAAUACUGUGUGAGGAGUCAAGGGGGGGGCCCCACAAAUUGCGUUGGAAAAAUAGAACGAGGGGGGAGGGGAUGGAGAAAGACAAGAAAAAGUAUUAGGGGGGAUCACUUUUGGAAAGUAACCAUCCAAGGGGGGAGCGGCCAAAUUUUCGCUUUUUUAGCCCCAAAACCUCCCCCCCCCCCCCUCCUCAAUAAAUAAUGACCGGUCCCUUAUGGGGGACCAAGUGGGCGGCGGAAACAAGCCUAACAAAACCCCCGUAACGGGGAUUCAUUGGUCUGCUGACUGCGCGUUUUUGCAUGUAAGCUGGGGCUGUAUAGUAACUUCUACCAUUAUGAAUAAAAAAUAGGCAAGUAAGCCUUUUGAAGCAAGAAACAAUUGGCAUUAUUUUUAGACAGUCUUUUUAACUGGGACAUUUCCAUAAUGCACCCCUCUGCCCCCCAAAAAUAUAGCUUUUUUCGACAUAUAUGUAGAAAGGAAACGUUGAGAUUUAAAAGAAAAUAAACUAGUCUAUAGAGGAAUCAGUCAUUACAUUGUAAAGAAGUUAGUGAUUUGUGAUAUAGCCCAGAAAGAAUUUUUUUGUUUAAUUUCUCAGGAAAGUAAAACUCCUUGAGUAGUCAAUACUCACUUUCAGAUGACAGUUUAUUCAAAUAGCCUUUUUUGGUGUCCGCUGUAUCUUUGCUUUUAUUAUAUAAUCGAGAUUGUUAUUACAGUUAGACCGGAACAUUUUUGUUAGUGCAAUGUUGUAAAUAUUUUUUACACAGUCUGUUACUCUAUUCAUAGAUAGUUUUUAAGGGGAUUGACUCAUCAAGGGUAUUCAGUUCCUUUCUGUUGACAUCCUUUUUGCUAUAUUCUUUUUAUCUUAGUUUAAUAUUAAUUCUUUUGCAGAUCUGAAAAAUGGCUUCAGUAUUUCUGGCAGGAAUUUUUCAGCGCACUUCGGAUCAUCACUGACUUCGCUUUUAUCUUCGUUCUAGAGCUUUUACGGUUCGUUUUGCACUACGUUGCUCUUCGUGUGCUUGGAGGAAUUUUAAUCACGUUCGGAGAUCACUUCCUAAAACCAUACUUAGCAGUUCUUUUUAACAGCAUUAUUCAGCCGAUAUUUAUAUUUACGCGAAACGUUUUGGCAGGGACGAAAAAUCUUUUACAACCACUUAUGGAUAUCACGAACAGCUUUAUCGCUCAGCUCGCUGCAUUACUUCGAGCGUUUAGAUUGUUUGAACUAAACUGGAAGCCAGUAUACGAACGAGGACAAAAACAUGAUGUUCAUGUUUUAUAGUUAAAAGAUCUUAAAAGUUUGACGACGAGAGGUCUAGUGCCCAGUCUCGUCGCAGAAACGACCCGCGUCUAAUUCACUGAGAACGCUUACCAGUUGUACGGAAAACUCGAUAAUUCCGGUGAGAAUUCAAAUGGAACGGUUCAUCCCGGUGGAAAUUUUUCGGAUAAAAGGUAAUACCUUCCGAGGUAUUAAGAAAUUACUUUUUUCCCGCCUUUUCCGAAACGACCGAAAUUUUCUGCACCAUUUGUACCGAUUUUCAGUGCUAUGCUUUCUCUCGAGAGAAAUUGAAGAAUUUUCCGCUAUUUUGUAAAUGGUUUAAGUCAAUCCCAUUCCUGUUUUCUGUGUGAAAAACAAUACGAGUACCAUUUGCCGGAAAUUUUUCUUCGAAAUUUCCGUACAAGUGGUAGCGCUGUCGAUGCAACCAUUAGGCCGCUUCCUAAUAGGCCGUUUGCACGAUGACGUGUUUUAUUACUAAGACCAAAAUUCAUUUCGUUCUUUCUUUCAUAUUUAAAUUUGGAAAUCCCAGCGAGGUUUUUUUAAAACAAAAGCCCAAAUUUGCAAAGAAAACAAAACCCUGAAGGAUUCUGGUGGUAGUAGUAGUAAAAUGACUCCAUAGUACAAAUGGCCUAUUAGGCUUCCUGUUGGGUAGCCUGUGUGUGCAUUUGGAUUAAAAAUCGAGAAUUUCGGCCGUUUUCCCUUUGUUGUUAAUGUGCCUCGUUUUCAGUUAAACUGCUUGCGUUAUUUUGAUUUGACGUUAAAAUGGUUAUGUCAAACUCGUUCCCGCUACCGCGAUUACUACUAGUAUUAUUAGUAACCUACUUAGUAGUCGCUGAUCUAAGCAAAGUAAAUACAGGCUGAUCAAAAACCCACAAAGGACCAUCCGUCUUGACGAAUAAUGGGUCGGCUGUUUUAUUAGUUUAAGUACGUCUUGUGGGAGUUCCUCUUUAGUCUGCGUAGCAAGCGUUUCCACGCGAGUCCGUCGAGAAAGUGAAUGCGCGUGCAUUUUAUUUUCUGCUUCCUCCAACUAUCGCGCAGUACCUCGAUCGGAAACGCUUGCUACGCAGGCUAGUUCCCUCUCCCCGGCUUGCGCUAUCGGCUUCCCCGUCAAAUUUUUUCCCGAACGCGCACAGGUGACCCUGCUCGCAGGCUACAGUCUUUUAGGGGGAAGAUUUUAUUUCGUUUUAAUUAUAGAGAAAGCUUAUACAAAUGUAUAUGCUUUUUAUUUACUUGUCAAGGUAGAGCCCUUAUAUUUCGGUUUAAAUAGUGUGCCUGUCAGUGCUACAACGAGAAAGUAAAUAAUAUUUUAAGGAAAAAGUUUAUUCGCAUUUUUUGUCUUGUAUUUUUUGUUCCAAAAAUCGCGAACAAUUGACCAGUAUUCCAUCUCUCCUCGAAUUUGUUAACGAGAUGGAGCAUAAAUUAUGAGCGUGUAAGACAAAAGAGAUCCAUCAAUCCCUGACAAUUUUUGAUGUUUUAUCUUUUCAGAUCAUAACUGAAAAAAGAUGCAAGUGUUUUAGCCAUGAUUACAAUCGUUCGAGUUUAAAAGUUUUUUCUCAAGAACAAUGGCCAAACCUUUCACUUGAUUGGGCUGUAAGCUUUUCCUUCCUUCAUAGCACACAAAUUGAACUCUAUUAAUGAACCCCAUUAACGUUAUGUCAUUGCUGUGUUGAUUUAUAAGCAUUUUACCAUUUAUUCUUGUAGAGCAAUCUCUUCGUGAUUUACGUAAAAGCUUUUCUACUUUUUAUAAUUUGUUCUUUUUGUUGUUGUUAAGCAAAGAGUACAAUACUAAUAUGUCUUAAGUU